UUUCAUACGAAAUAUAGUCAGCUGAUAUUGAAACUCUGAUUACAAUAUUGUCCGUAACUAAAAUAGUCUAUAGCCUACUACACACACUGUCAUGUGAUAAGAGUAGCCUACAUAGUUGGGAAAUUGUAACAUUGUAUCCAUCAUUAUUCAACAUCAAAGGACCGUGCACUAGAGGGAGGAUGUCCGGAUGAAAGAAAUAGCGCAACUUACUGUACACGGAAGCAUAUCUCCAUUUGCAACAGGCGGCAGUCUAUGUUAAUUAGACAUAGCACGGUAUCCUUUACCUGGUCGGCGUGCAUUACCGAGAAGAGGACCUAUACGUACUGCGGCUUCCCCUGGAGUAACCAUCACAUUAAGGAUUUCGGAAAUUCUGGAAAUCUAACGGAACUCUUUUCAGAGCCAUGGCCCCCUCUCUGACCACCCUGGGGAAGCUGCCUGUGGUGCGCUGUCGGCUGCUGCAGCGCUACGAGCACCAGCCCUUUGUCUCAUGCCUGGCCGGACUCUACGGCUGUCAAUGGAGACGCUACCAGAGGACCCGCGCCACGCCGGGAGACUGCUGCUGCAGCAAGUUGGAAUGUGCCAGCUUUGCACUCCUCAUCGUGACAUUCUGUCUCACACUGGUCUUCCUCUACUUCUGGAGUGAAGCUCAGAAUGACUACAAUGAUUUUGACUGGUUUAACUUUGGGAACCUGGGUUUCUGGUUCCCCUGGUCUGUGGUGUUGCUGGUCAUCGCUGCCGCCUUCUUCAGCUACAUCACUCUGCUUCUGCUGUUGGCUGUAUGUCUGCUGUCAGAGGGACAGAAGCUGUACCUACACUGGGGCCACAAGAUUGGGGUCCUGGUGAGUCUAGCCUUCUCCAUUCUUGCCAUAGCAGUGCUGUCUGACCUAUGUAGCAAAGAGUGGACCACUCUUCUCCUCUCUUUCCAGGUGACGGCACCAUAUUUACACGUGGGAGGAGUCUUGCUGAUGACACUCCUUUCCUGGCCAAUAGCCUUGCAUUUCUACCACAUCAAUAGGAAAGUUGGGCAGGCGCUCAUCAUGGGGCUGUACCUGGCGGUGCUGUGUGCCCUCUACCUGGUGCCCCUGGGCAUGUACUCACCCUGUCUUAAAGAGGAGGGCACUCUGUGCCUGUCACCAGCCCUCAUCGGGCACAGAGGGGCACCCAUGCUUGCGCCAGAGAACACUCUCAUGUCCUUUGAGAAGGCGGUGGAGGCUGGAGGGCAAGGUCUAGAGACUGACGUCACCAUCAGCUAUGACGGGGUGCCCUUCCUGAUGCACGACCACACCCUGAGGAGGACCACCAACGUGCAGGAGGUGUUCCCCAACCGGACGGACGCCCCUGCGGCCAUGUUCACCUGGGGGGAGCUGGAGACCCUCAACGCUGGGGCCUGGUUCCUCCAUCGUGAUCCGUUCAGCACGGCUUGGUCUCUGAGUGCCGAGGACCGGGCGCAGGCGCAGAACCAGUCUAUUUGCACCUUCAGGGACUUUCUGGAGCUGGCUUCGCAGAGAGAAAAACAGGUUAUCUUUGACCUCUACCGGCCCCCUGAGGGACACCCCUACAGGGACACCUGGAUCACACGCACCCUGGAGGUCAUCCAGAACGAGUCUUCCAUCCACUCACACCAAGUGUUGUGGCUGCCCUCAGACCUGCGGAGCCUGGUCCAGCAGCUGGACCCUGACCUCCAGCAUACCUCAGCGUCCCGGGCUCCAGUUGAGGAGCUCCAUCAGAAUCACAUUGUCCAACUCAACCUACACUAUAGCUCCAUGUCCACAGAGAUGAUAAUUGAGUAUGCAGCAGCCAACAUCAGCACCAACCUGUAUGUGAUCAGCCAGUCGUGGCUCUACUCUCUGGCCUGGUGCACUGGGGCCCAGUCUGUCACCACCAAUGCUCUACAGUUCCUCAACAACCUCAGUAGACCCCUCUUCCUUAUGACUCCAGAUGAGUACAAUCUGAUGUGGGUCCUCACCGACGUGGUGUCCAUCACCAUCAUCAUCAUCAUCUUCAUCUUCCACUGGUGGCGAGAACAAAGCCUGGCUUUCUGUUCGGGCAGCAAACCCACACUAGAACAUGGCACCUACAUCAAGUUCAGGACAGAUGUGUGGUCCGUCUCCAGUGUCAACAUCCUGGGAGAGCCCGCUGAGCCAAACUUGGCAACCGUCUCAGAGCACUGAUAACCAAUCAACCAACCUCUGUGGGGCUCAGUUGAAGCAAACCACUCCUCACUCUCCUUUUCAACUUGGCAACUUCCCGGACCCCAAACGGGCAAUUCACCAGAAUCGACCCAACCUGGAAACCCAGGACCCUACUGGAAACCGAGAGCACAACCUGGCAACCCCCUGUAAAUUUGUGUGAGAGAAUGAGAACCAAAGAGAAUUAGAAAUAGUUAAAUGAUGUGAGUGAGGCCUAUCGGAGCUGAUGUGUCACGUGCAGAAGGGAUUUCAUUGGAUAGAUAUUAAUCCUUAAGACCGGGCUGCCCAACUCUCUUCCUGGAGGUUGGGUUUUAAGUUCAACCCUAAUUUAACACACUUGAUUCUACUAAUUAGCUGCUCAACAAGACCUUAACUAGCUCAAUCAGAUAUGCUAAAGUAGGGUUUGACUGAAAACAUAAAGGACAGUAGAUCUCCAGGAAGAGGGUUGGGUAGCCCUGCCUUAAUUAAUUUAAGUCAAAUGUGACUGAAGAACAGCCCAGACAACCUCAAGGACCAACCAGCUCAUAGUUCAUACUACAGACACCAUCUGGUGGUGGGAAGAGAUUACUACACUGUUUAACCAGGUCCUUUGAGGUGGAUUACUUACUCACUGAAUUAAUACAACAAGAAAAGUGACCGUCCGCUGUAGAUAUUCUCAACUUGUAUUACCCUCCAUUGUCCAUAGGUUCCUUUCCAUUUCAGCAGCCACUGCAGUGUUGAGUUACGUGAACCACAAAUGCUUGACCAUUUUGUUAGUGUGUGAGUAGUGGUCGAUAAGAUGUGUGAAUAUGUCCAGGCCGGGGUUCAAUUAGUAUGUUUAAAAUAUAUAAAUAUAUAUAUAUAUAUAUAUAUAUAUAUAUACUUUAGCUGUGCUUAAUUGCCCUUUCCUGUCAUAAGGGAACCAAUGAAGUAGUCCCAAAAAGUGCACUUUGCCAAUCUGGGAUCUGGCACUCCAAUCAAACUGUCUCAAGCUUCGUUUAUACCUGCAGUUUACAGGCAUCCUGUGUCCUGAUCUUGUCCACAUUCAGAUCAGAUUGUGACCACAUUUUCAGUCUACACAUGCUAUUAAAAUGUAUCUUAUGUGUCCUCAUUGUGACCAGAUUUCCUGGUCAUUCCCUGUAAAUCAAUAAUUUGACAGAUAUUCUUUCAGAAUAGUUUAUUCAUUCAUUUUUAUUCACAUAUUGAUGCCAUAAAGCAAUGGUCCCACCUGUGAAUGGUUUUAGAGGGUGGGGUAAUGACGAUUUGUAAAUUAUUUCACUGUCCAGAUCCGUCUACACUUGUAAGGCUGCGUUUAGACAGGAAGCCAAAUCGGAUCUUUUUUUCCACUAAUUGGUGUUUUGACCGAUCAGAUAAGCUACUUUGCCUAUAAUUGGGCAACAUUUCAGAAUUGGGCCGCCUAUCUAAAUGCAACCUGCGUGCCCGAGGCCGUGACUAGGCCGGACAGUUCAUGCAGGUUUAGUUUUCUGAUCAUGGAAUUCCAAACGCGUCAUGCGUCUGCACCUAAAUUGAAAUGCGUCUACCAUGUCCGGAUUCCCUUUUCCCGCGCUAUAUUCAACUGCCAGUAUUCAUUCUACAAACGGUGAAAUAGGGAUAAUCUGAUAGCUACUGCCAUCAGACGUUGUUGUGUUAUCUACUGUAGCUAGCUAGCCAGCAAGCAACGCAAAAUGAAUUGCAAACGGAUUAGCAUAACUCUAGCCAAAAAAACAACGUUAUAAUGAAAAUGUUCCUCUCGGUCCCAAAACACACGUUUUCUGGAGACUUGCGGGAGGAGUGCUGAUGACGUUACUCAUUGUAUGCACUUUCAGCUGCCUGAUUCGUCCAGACUGAGGAGAAAUCCGCCUCCUGAAGUGGUCAGCCAGAUCUGAACACAAUCAGACCACAAAGCGACAUUUGUGCGUCUAGAGACCCAUCUUUUCAAUGCGAUCUUCCUAUUCUGAUAGCAGAAGUCAUGUAAGUGUCGUGUAGACACGACCUGACUACCUCCGGAGGUCGGCAGGAACAUCUGAUCACAAUGUAUUUUGAUUGUCUACACCUGAUUAAAAAUGUGGACACAAUCAGAAUAUGGAGAAGAUCAGAACAAAGGACGCAUGUUGGAACCAGGUAUAAACAGCGCUGAAAUAUCACAAAGAAAAAUUAGUACUAUUAGAACUCCGGUUUGGAUAUGACAUGAUAAUCCUCUGUUUGUGUCUGGAGAUAAAUGAAUGUGUUUGAUUGGUUGUGUUCAAUGUUUAUAAGUACUUAUCACUUUAUUGAGCAUAAGGCAUUGUAACGAGGUGAAGUCCAUAGAACGUUGUAGCAUAUAAUCACUGCAAUGACAUAAGUGACCUACAGAGAACAAUCACACUGUAUUUCCAUGGUCCAUAUCUAUAUAUUUUAUAUGGUUCAUAUCUAUAUAUUUUAUAUGGUCCAUAUCUAUAUAUUUUAUAUGGUCCAUAUCUAUAUAUUUUAUAUGGUCCAUAUCUAUAUAUUUUAUAUGGUCCAUAUCUAUAUAUUUUAUAUGGUCCAUAUCUAUAUAUUUUAUAUGGUCCAUAUCUAUAUAUUUUAUAUGGUCCAUAUCUAUAUAUUUUAUAUGGUCCAUAUUGACGUCAUUGUUUUCAACAAAAUUGUUUUCAACACAAAUGAAAAUCCUUCUGGCAAGGAUAAAAAAAAAAGCUAAUGUUGUACAAUAUUUAGUCAUUUUAGCCAAAUUAUAGCAGAACUCUUACAUCUCUCUUCAGUUGAUUGUGCCUCAGCUUUACUGUGCAGUGUUGUCUAAUCAAUGUGAAGAAUACCAACUUCAGCUCUGGUAGCUGAAAGACAGUUUUUCUAGUAAUGGUUAUGAAACCUGUUAGAUUUCUUUAUGACUGACAACAUAUUGAUGAGUAACUCAGCGCCACCGCAGCAUUGUGAUAAGGGGCAGCCUUUAAAUCACUAUACAAAGCCUUAGGAAUACCUAGGAAUAAAAAGUAUGUUUAGCCAAAGAAUCACAGUAUAAGAUACCAGUCUGAUUUGUCAUCUGUGUAGGACACCUGUAAUGUUAUCUUGGUUGUAAGAUCGUUAUAGAAAGAAUCACAGUAUAAGAUACCAGUCUGAUUCGUCAUCUGUGUACGACACCUGUAAUGUUAUCUUGGUUGUAAGAUCGUUAUAGAAAGAAUCACAGUAUAAGAUACCAGUCAGAUUUGUCAUCUGUGUACAACACCUGUAAUGUUAUCUUGGUUGUAAGAUCAUUAUAGAAAGAAUCACAGUAUAAGAUACCAGUCUGAUUUGUCAUCUGUGUAUGACACCUGUAAUGUUAUCUUGGUUGUAAGAUCGUUAUAGAAAGAAUCACAGUAUAAGAUACCAGUCUGAUUUGUCAUCUGUGUACAACACCUGUAAUGUUAUCUUGGUUGUAAGAUCGUUAUAGAAAGAAUCACAGUAUAAGAUACCAGUCUGAUUUGUCAUCUGUGUACGACACCUGUAAUGUUAUCUUGGUUGUAAGAUCGUUAUAGAAAGAAUCACAGUAUAAGAUACCAGUCUGAUUUGUCAUCUGUGUAUGACAGCUGUAAUGUUAUCUUGGUUGUAAAGAUCGUUAUAGAAAGAAUCACAGUAUAAGAUACCAGUCUGAUUUGUCAUCUGUGUAUGACACUUGUAAUGUUAUCUUGGUUGUAAGAUCGUUAUAGAAAGAAUCACAGUAUAAGAUACCAGUCUGAUUUGUCAUCUGUGUACGACACCUGUAAUGUUAUCUUGGUUGUAAGAUCGUUAUAGAAAGAAUCAUCUGUUGUUUACAGUUCUGUCAUUCUGUUCCAAUCAGAAGAGUAUUAUAUUAAAAUGAUAGUCUAAAAGUAGAGCUCAGUUGGUGGUGAAAGCCAUUGUAUUUUGUAUGAGCCCAUUUCGCUAUGACAUCAUUGUAAACUAUGGGAUUUCUUUUGCAUAAACAUUAUCAGAAGUUAACUGAACUGUUUUGUUAAAUUUUUGUUGCUUUGAGUCGUAAUAUGCACAUGUUUUCUCAUUAUGAAAUUUUUGUUGCUUUGAGUCGUAAUAUGCACAUGUUUUCUCAUUAUGAAAUUUUUGUUGCUUUGAGUCGUAAUAUGCACAUGUUUUCUCAUUAUGAAAUGUUGUGAUAGUGAAAUAGGCUCAUUCAUCUUUUGGGAUAAUGAACAUUAGGCAUGAAA